GCUCUUUCGUCUUCUGGUUUACACACGCGAACGCGAUCCUCUGCAAACUCUGCGACCUAUUGGAAUCUCGAUCGACUCCUCGAAUCAUUCUCAGCCUUUUUUUUUUUGCUUUCAUUUGCGGAGGAUUGAGGAAGGCGGUGGUGGUGGUGCAGUCAUGACUUCCGGCACGAGGAUGCCGACCUGGAAGGAGCGGGAGAACAACAAGCGGAGGGAGCGCCGACGCCGCGCGAUCGCCGCUAAGAUUUUUGCCGGAUUGAGGAUGUACGGUAACUAUAAGCUCCCCAAACACUGUGACAAUAACGAGGUGUUGAAAGCUCUGUGUAAUGAAGCUGGUUGGAUCGUCGAGGACGACGGCACAACUUAUAGGAAGGGAUGCAAGCCGGUGGAGCGGAUAGAUAUCAUGGGUUCGGCUGCUGUGAGCCCGUGCACAUCGUAUCAGCCAAGCCCAGGGACCUCUUUCAAUCCUAGCCCUGCAUCGUCAUCUUUGGCAAGCCCCAUCUCAUCCCAUUAUGCUGCUAAUGUCAACAACCCUGCUGAUCCCGAUUCCCUCAUCCCCUGGCUCAAGAACCUUUCAUCUGGUUCAGUCCCUCUAUCCAAGCUUCCCCACCAUCUCUACAUUCCUGGAGGUUCCAUAAGUGCUCCAGUAACCCCUCCUUUGAGCUCGCCGACGGCAUCCACACCAAGAAUGAAUGGUAACUGGGAUGAUCGCGCAAAUGGAUCUGCCUGGUGCGGCCAGAACUUCCCAUUUUUACCGUCUUCCACCCCUCAAAGCCCUGGCCUACAAACUCCACCUGAUUCAGGAUGGCUCUCUGGUGUCCAAACUCCCCAAGAUGGACCCUCUUCUCCGACAUUCAGUCUUGUCUCGGCAAAUCCAUUUGGUUUCAAAGAACCUGCUUCAAAUGGAGGCUCACGAAUGUGGACCCCGGGACAGAGUGGAACCUGCUCUCCUGCUGUUGCAGCAGGGUUCGACCAAACAGCUGAUGUCCCAAUGUCGGAUGCAAUUUCAUCCGAGUUUGCCUUUGGAAGUAAUUUUGCCCAGGGACUUGUGAAGCCAUGGGAAGGAGAAAGAAUACACGAUGAAUGCGUCCCAGAUGACCUCGAGCUUACUCUCGGAAAUUCUAGUACCAGGUGAAAGUAUCCAAGGAAGAACUGUUAAAGAAUCUUCAAUAUAAGGUAUCGAGCUAUAAAGUUCUUGUUUGGGCAUUGAAACGAGCAGGCCCUCAUCGAAUUACUGUUUCCGGGCGCCUUGAAAGCAGAUUGAUGCAGUUUGGGUUUUUCGAAGUGUGUAGCAGAUUGUUUUCUUGUAUGAUAUGUCUUGCAAAUUCUUUUGAUUCUUUCAAGUUGGAACACUGCUCAUUCCUGUUUGUGUGGGUUCUAUAUGCCUUUUGUAAUUCCAACCCUACUUAUCUCAAAUUUUUGCUACUUCUCUUCAUGUCCACACCGACCAACUUCGUAAA